AUGGCCGUUAACAAAGUGUUGAAAGGUGCAAGAAACAUGCAUAUAACUGCAUUGGUGAAACGCACAUACGGGAGGAUGGUGGAUUACCUUGUUCAGAGAGGUACUCAUAUCGUGCGCACAUACAUCGUCGAUAGGACAAGGUUUGAGGUGGAGGAUGGUUUUAACCUGCGCAGGCAUCGCAAUGGGUAUGUCUGGUCUCUGCGGUUGGACAAUAAAACAUGCGAAUGUGGGCGCUUUCAGACAUUCAAGUAUCCAUGUGACCACGCAAUCGCUGCCUGUAUGCAUCAGAGUUUAGACUAUUGGAGUUUGGUGGACCCUGUUUAUACGCUCCAGAGCAUAUUGGAUGCGUAUCAAGGACAAUGGUAUCCCAUUGGCAAUGAUCUGAACAUGCCACCGAGGGAAGGGGAUCGAAUUGUUCCAGAUCCGUCCACGGCUAGGGCGAAGGGUCGUCCUAGGUCAACUCGAAUAAGAAAUGAGAUGGACUUGACGGAGCCUCAAUCGAGUCGAAGAUCUGUUUCGCUACAGAGAUAG